CCUCCUAUAAUAUUUUUUUCAGCCAAUGCCCAUCCCCCGCGUCUUCUCCAUUCACCAGCCCCAAACGUUCUCUGUUUCAAACCUCGCCGAUCAAGAAGUCACAGUCAAACGGUCCAAAACAUUGAUCCGAUUCAGCCUUAAUUUUUUUCUUUCUUGGACUCUUCCAUGAUCACUACCAACCCCGUUCUUGAAUCUACCAAAAUUUUGCAGCUUUGGGUUCUAGUUUGUCCGAUCCGAUGAAACUCAAGUUCGGGUGUUUUGUAUAUUUCUUGGUCUCAAUCUUUUGUGCCGUUGCCGAAUCCAAAUGUAGUAACAAAUGUGAUCUAGCUUUAGCUUCGUACUACGUCUCUGAGGGGUCAACUCUCUCGUCCAUAGCAAAACUUUUGCAAUCUAGUCUUAAUAUUGACGCCGACACUAUUGUGAGCUACAACAAGGAAAAGAUCCGCAACAAAGACGUCAUCCAACAGGGUAUAACAAUCAAUGUUCCGUUCCCAUGUCAUUGUGUCAAAGACUCGUUUCUGGGUUACGUGUUUAACUACUCGAUUCAAUCCAAGGACACCUACGACACGGUGGCACAGCAACGGUAUGCGAACCUGACAACAACCGACACGUUGAUUAACUUUAAUCCCUAUGACCCGAACAGGAUACCUGACGUUGGGAACUUGAGCAUACCAGUGAACUGUUCAUGUGGUAACAGCGCGGUUUCGAAGAAAUUCGGGCUGUUUGCUACUUACCCGCUUCGGCCGGGUGACACUCUGGAAUCGGUUGCGGCGGAGACGGGUCUUAAUUCAAGUUACACAACCUUGCUGCAGAGUUACAACCCGGGUGUGAAUUUCAGUCAAGGGAGUGGCGUGGUAUAUAUCCCAGGCAAAGAUCAAAAUGGUACUUACCCACAUCUACCAUCCAGUUCAAGCGGAUUAGCGGAUGGAGUUAUUGCUGGUGCAGCUAUUGGAGGAGUAGCUGGUGUUGUGUUAUUUUCUGCUUGUAUAUAUCUCAGAUGUUACCGAAAGAAGAUGGAGGCAGCAAAGUUGCUUUUGGCACCAUCUGAGGAUCUAUCUGAGCAUGGUUUAUAUGUUUCGUUCAAAACUUUUUCUCUCUCAUCUUUACCUGAUUCAACUAGUGCAGCUGGUGGUCCAGGUUCAGGUCUUACAGACGUAUCUGUGAAAUCAGUAGAGUUCUCAUAUGAAGAACUUGUUACAGCUACUGAUAACUUCAGUUUGGCUAAUAAGAUUGGUCAAGGUGGCUUUGGGGUUGUUUAUUAUGCAGAGCUGAGAGGCGAGAAAGCUGCAAUCAAGAUGAUGGGCAUGCAAGCAUCCAGAGAAUUUCUUGCUGAAUUAAAUGUUUUAACACGUGUUCAUCACUUGAACCUGGUGCGCUUGAUUGGAUAUUGCGUUGAGGAGUCUCUUUUCCUGGUCUAUGAAUAUAUUGAGAACGGCAACUUAGGCCAGCAUUUGCGUGGUUCAUCUGGGAGGGACCCAUUGUCAUGGGCUGCUAGGGUGCAAAUUGCCCUUGAUUCAGCAAGAGGUCUUGAAUAUAUCCAUGAGCAUACUGUUCCUGUCUAUAUUCACCGUGAUAUUAAAUCAGCGAAUAUAUUGAUAGACAAGAACUUGCAUGGAAAGGUUGCAGAUUUUGGAUUAACUAAACUUACUGAAGGAAACACAUCACUCUCCAGCCGUGGUGUUAAAGGAACAUUUGGAUACAUGCCACCUGAAUAUGUUCAGUAUGGGGACGUUUCUUCCAAAGUAGAUGUAUUUGCUUUUGGGGUUGUCCUUUUCGAACUUAUUUCUGCAAAGGAAGCUGUGAUGAGGCCAAACAGCUCCACAGUUGAAUCUAAGGGCCUCAUAGCAUUAUUUGAGGAUGUUCUUAAUCAGCCCAAUUGUAUGGAAGACCUGCGCAAACUAGUUGACCCUCGUCUUGGAGAUGACUACCCACUUUACUCAGUCCAGAAGAUGGCUAUGCUUGCGAAAGCAUGUACACAAACGAAUCCACAACUACGUCCAAGUAUGAGAGCUAUUGUGGUUGCCUUGAUGACGCUUUCAUCAACAACUGAGAAAUGGGAUUUCCGCGCCUUCUGUGAAAAUAAAAGUCUUGUCAAUCUCAUGUCGGGAAGGUAGAAACUAGACAGUGCAAUCGCACUUGCAUUACAGGAGUUUUUGGGUGUGAAUAAUACCAAUGUUAAAUUUCAGAUACCGUCAUUUUCAAUACUAGUUGGGAACUACAGGAGAGUUUGUACAAAAGACUGAGAAAAACUCAUUUGCACCUUAAGUAAGGACAAGUGUUAGUGAAAUCCGUUGUAAUAAAAUAAAAAUUACCAAAAAAUAAAAUUUGAAAUGAAACUAGUUGGGACUCUCUUUAAAGCAA